GUUAAAGCAUUUAGCACAUGAUCCGCCGGCGUAAACACUGCCGGAAAAUCACAUAUUAAAAACGAGUAAUUUUUUGCUGGCAUUAAUUUCCUCCACUUUCCACUCCCGCAUUAAACCAAAUUUGGUUUUCUUUUUCCCCAUUCAGAUCAGAUUUUGAUUUAAUUUCAUUCUAUAUAUACAUAUCUUUCGAUAUUGAGUCAACAUCUUGGUUUUUCUCAGUCGUAUCAACUUUCAGUUAGAGCUUGUUCGUGAUUUCACUUGAACGAGAGUUUGAUAUCAAGAUCCACAUUUGAAGCGAUAAACGAACAUAUUGCACAACAAAUUUCUUGUAGUGAGUGAAGAAGAUGAGUGAGGGACAGCGGUUUCAGCUGGGAACAAUCGGCGCGUUAGGUUUAUCUGUGGUUUCUUCGGUUUCGAUUGUAAUUUGCAACAAGGCGCUCAUCAGCACCCUUGGUUUUACUUUUGCUACAACUUUGACAAGCUGGCAUCUUCUAGUCACCUUUUGUUCGUUGCAUGUGGCAUUAUGGAUGAAUUUUUUUGAGCAUAAGCCUUUUGAUCCUAAAGCUGUCAUGGGCUUUGGCAUAUUGAACGGGACCUCCAUUGGGCUUUUGAACCUUAGUCUGGGUUUCAAUUCUGUGGGGUUUUACCAGAUGACCAAAUUAGCAAUCAUCCCAUGCACUGUACUUCUAGAGACUCUUUUCUUCAGCAAGCAAUUCAGUAAGAAGAUCCGUUUCUCACUUACUGUCCUCCUCAUGGGAGUUGGUAUUGCAACUGUAACCGAUUUGCAGCUCAAUGUCAUGGGAAGUGUUUUAUCGCUUCUGGCAGUCAUUACAACUUGUGUUGCUCAGAUAAUGACAAAUACCAUCCAGAAGAAGUUCAAGGUUUCUUCAACUCAACUCCUGUAUCAGUCUUGCCCUUAUCAGGCUCUUACUUUGUUCAUCAUAGGCCCAUUUUUAGAUGCCCUUUUGACGAAUCAGAAUGUUUUUGCUUUCAAAUAUACUCCUCAAGUGCUGGCUUUCAUUGUCCUCUCUUGCCUCAUAUCCGUCUCUGUGAACUUCAGUACUUUCUUGGUAAUUGGGAAGACAUCUCCGGUGACUUAUCAAGUAUUGGGUCAUUUAAAAACGUGCCUAGUUCUUGCUUUUGGCUAUGUUUUGUUGCACGACCCAUUUAGCUGGCGAAACAUUCUUGGCAUCCUCGUUGCUGUUGUUGGUAUGGUACUCUAUUCUUAUUUCUGUACCCGUGAUGCCCAGCCAAAGGCCAAUGAAGCAUCAACACAACUGUCUCAGGCAAAGGAGAGCGAGAUUGAUCCUCUGAUAAACGUGGAGAAUGGAAAUGAAAGCAGUCCUCAGAAAUCAGCAGCAUGGAGUUCAGAUAAGGACUUGCAUGCAUGAUAUGUUGAUUUUAGGUAAACAUGAUAGCGGAUAAGAGACCCUUUCGAUCCAGUGAUGAAGAUGUUGCUGUGAUGAGGUUACAACUGGUGUGUGUGUGUGUGUGUUUGUUUCUUUUUUCUUGAUUGAAAAUAACACUUGCUGCAACUUCUUGUUAUAUUAUUUUGAUCAAAGUUAGAAGAAAUAUUAGAUUGUUUGCAUAAGUAGAUUCAGUUAUUGCUGCAUGAAGAAGUGGAAGAAGAGUACAUCUUCAUUGCAUGUUUUGUGGGUGUAUUUGGAUUGAAUGCAAAUAGGUAAAGAAAGUUCAUCACUUUAUUUGAAUGUAAUAUGUUAUUUUUCAGAAGAAUAUUCUGUCA